AUGGUUACCGCCAAGAAGCAGAAAAAAGCUUUGGAGAGCAUCAACUCUCGCCUGGCGCUGGUAAUGAAAUCGGGCAAAUCUUGCCUUGGUUACAAGCAGACGUUGCGAACUCUCCGGCAAGGCAAGGCCAAACUGGUCAUCAUUGCCAACAACACGCCCCACCUCCGCAAAUCGGAAAUCGAGUACUACGCUAUGUUGGCCAAGACUGGUGUACAUCACUACAAUGGCAACAACAUCGAGCUGGGUACGGCUUGCGGUAAAUACUUCCGUGUGUGCACCCUCUCGAUUACCGAUGCUGGAGACUCGGAUAUCAUUCGUAGCCUGCCGGAAGCCCAAGCUGGUGGACAGUAA